UGUUUGCUGAAGCCUGUGUGUGUGAGUGUGCGUGCGUGUGCUACUUCCUGUACACGUCGCUCUUACGGCGCUGCAGUAACCGGCCACAGGAGCGAGAAAAGGACACGAAUUAUGGAGACUUUAAUCAGUCUGCCGUUUACUGUGUUAGAAUGUCCAAAUAUCAAGCUGAAGAAGCCGUCCUGGCUGCACAUGCCCUCUGCUAUGACUGUGUACGCUGUGGUGAUUGUGUCCUACUUUCUUAUCACUGGCGGUAUAAUCUAUGAUGUAAUUGUUGAGCCGCCCAGUGUGGGUUCAAUGACUGAUGAACAUGGUCACCAGAGACCUGUGGCAUUUUUGGCUUACAGGGUGAAUGGGCAGUACAUCAUGGAGGGUCUGGCAUCCAGCUUCCUCUUCACCAUGGGUGGUCUUGGCUUCAUCAUUCUGGAUCGCUCCAAUGCCCCAAAUAUUCCUAAACUCAACCGCUUCUUGCUACUCUUCAUUGGCUUUGUGAGUGUGCUGCUGAGCUUCUUCAUGGCCCGAGUGUUCAUGAGGAUGAAGCUGCCUGGUUAUCUCAUGGGUUAAAGCUGCACAAGGCCUUUUCGUGUGGCACACGCCACAGGCAGAGACAGAAGGAUGACUGCAUAUGAACAGAAAAUUACCUUCCUUCCAGGAUCAGUGUGAUGAUGAUUUUCUAUCUGUGUGUAUGUGUGUGUGUGAGUGAGAGAGAAAAAAUAGUGUGGCUUGUCCCCAUCCCCAGGGGCUUCAGGUUACAGGCUUUAGAUUAUAUUUUGUGCAAAAUGUGCAUAUCCUGAUCGCGAAAGGAAGGUAUCGCUUGUAUAGGAGCUCUGUGCUACAUGAUCAAAAUCAGUUUACAUAUGGAGUCAAUUACACGCUUGUGUUAUAGAAAACUAGAAAAAGAUUUCAAUCUGGCCUGUGUGGGGUGGGUUUUUCUACAUACAGCUAAAAUAAAAGCUCUUUAUACAA